AUCCUAGGUAGAUAAUUUCCUUGUCCAACCUCAACCCGCGUAUUUAAAUUUACCCCGGCCAGGACCCUUCACCACGGGGCUCCCUGAUUCCUCGGCCGUCCAAUUCUCAACGCGAAGCUUGACUCGACCUCUUGUUCCUCUUGCUACUACUAACCCCAUUUAGAACCAACUUGCACCCAUACACACUCCAAAAAUGCCCACCACCACGACCACCAAACCCCCGGUAAAACGGGCUAAGCCAACCACCAACAACCCGCUAACAAAACCCUAUUUAACCCUCUACAACGCCCUGAACUUCACCCUCUGGGCCACCUGCGCGGUCCACGGCCUCACCCUGCUCGGGGCGGGCACUGCACCCCCGACAAUCUUCCACAAAGUCUACCCCCUGCUCCAGGCGACGCAAUCGCUGGCGCUCCUCGAGAUCCUGCACAGUCUAGCGGGGCUCGUCCGCGCGCCCGUCACCACGACAGCGAUGCAAGUCGCCAGCCGGAUCCUGCUGGUAUGGGGGAUCAUGUAUCCGUUCCAGGGGGAGAUUGUCGGGAACGAGGGUGUGGGGUCUGCGCAGACGGGCGAUUAUGCGUUCCUGGGGUGUCUUGCUGCUUGGGGCGUUACCGAGUGCAUUCGGUAUGGGUUCUUUGUGCUGCAGGUUUCUGGGGUCGGGGUGCCCGGUUUCUGGGCUUGGUUGAGGUAUAAUACGUUCUAUGUGCUUUAUCCGCUGGGGAUCAGCAGUGAGUGUGUUAUGGUGGUUAAGGCGCUGGGGCCCGCGGCGCAGCUGAGUGCGCUUUAUUGGUGGUUCCUUGUUCUUGUGCUGGGGAUUUAUGUGCCUGGGUCGUAUAUUCUCUACACGCAUAUGAUUGCGCAGAGGCGCAAGGCGAUGAAGAAGGACUAGGUAUCUGGGCUGUGCUGGUAGUCAGUGGGUAUACUGGGGACUCUUUAGAGCCAGUGUACAGGUUUGGAUUGAGGUGACCAGGAAGCUGAAAGGAAGGGGGGUCCGGGGGUUCUCCCCCGGGACGCUUACGAGCCAGUGUACAGGAUUGAGGUGAUCAGGCAGCUGAAAGAAAAGGGGGGUCCGGGGGUUCUCCCCCGGGACGCCUUAGAACCAGUUGUUCACUGCGAAUCAGGUUCU